AAACUUGGUAGAAAUUAUCCCCAAUGUAAGAUUUAUAUGAAAUUGGUCUUUCUAAUAUAACAUUUUGUAAAAUUUAUCUCUCUAAUGGUUGGUAUAUAUAUGUAAAAUUGGUCUCGAUAAUGUUAUGUAUAUUUAUAUAAAAUUGGUCCCCCUAAUGUUUGGUGUAUAUAUAUAAUAUUGCUCUCCCUAAUAUUAUAUAUAUUUAUAUAAAUUUGGUCCCCCUAAUGUUUGGUGUAUAUAUAUAAUAUUGGUCUCCCUAAUGUACAUAUAAGAUUAGUCUCCCUAAUUUUAGAUAUGUAGAAAAGUUGUCUCCCGUAUUGUUAGGUAUAUGAAAGUGAUUUAAUGUUACUAGUACAUAUAGAAUAUUUUCAACAUUAAGUGUAAAUGUUGGUUAAGGAAUUAUACCAUAAUGCAUACUGAGUUAACUUCCUAUUUUAGUAAAUUCAGGGAGCAUUAUCAUAUGGCAAACAUCUGUUUUACCCACUAAAUUUUCAUGGCAACUUAAUAUAUUGCCCCAGUCUUGCAGUAGAAGAUAGUUAUACAUGAAGCUGACUUCUACACAUCAUUUAUACCAAAAAAAAUAGACAGUAUUGUUUGCUUUUAAUAUACACAUCACAUGUAACACUGAAUAUGUAAGGACAUGUAGUGGAUGGAAAAUUAUCAAAAUGCCAACUCUUAAUUUUUGUAUAAUUUUUUUUUUCAAUUUCAGUGCCACUCCAGUGUCCAAUCUCAUCAAUCAGACAUUUGCAUUCUGAGACAGCUCAUGGUUGUACAGGUGAAGAUCUUAGGAAACUAAAAGCAUACAUAUCAGCAGAGAUUUCAUGCAUUCUGCAGAACUAUACACUUAAGAGUUAUGUUUGGCUUAGAAGUCUUGUCGUUGCAAGACUUACACUAUUCAAUGCAAGAAGAGGUGAGGAAGCAUCAAGGAUGCUUACAAACGAAUGGGAAGAUGCAAAGAAAGGUGUUUGGAUUCAAGAGGAUGAAGUAGAAAAAAUUUCUGAUCCAGCAGAACAAUAUCUUGUAGACAAUUUCAAGAUGGCCUACUUGAAAGGAAAGGGCAGAAAAUAUGUACCUGUGCUGAUUCCUGUUGACCUUAUCCAAGCAAUAGACAGGAUAAGCAAUGAUAGACGGGAUUUUGGCAUAAGAAAAGAAAAUCCCUUCUUGUUUGCAACAAAAAAUGGAUUUUCACAUUGUUCUGGAUGGCAUGCUGUAGCAGAAGUUAGUGAAAGGGCUGAGAUCAGCAUUCCUGUAACAGCAACCAAGAUAAGACAUAGAUUGUCGUCAAUCUAUGCCAGUUUGGAGAUGAAACCAGAGGACAGGAAAGUUAUCCUAGAGUACAUGGGGCACGAAGAAAAUAUAAACAGAGAAAAUUACCAAUGUCCCCCUGCAGUUAGAACAGCACGUGUGAUGGGGAAAAUGCUGACAACCAUUGAUGGAGUGGAACAUACAUGUAAUGGAAACACAGAAAAUGAUGAAAAUGGACAGGGUGACUAUGAGGGAAGCAGUAGCUGCAGCAACCAAAGGAACAAGUCAGGUUCUGUUCAGGAGUCCCUAAAUGGUAUUCAAUGUUCUGCAAUGCUUCCAGAGGAAACUUGUUAUGUUAAUGAAGAAGAUACUAACGGUGAUGAUGAACAGGUGGAAUCAGUUCAAAAGAAUGUUCCUAGGACAUCUAGAAAAUGCUCAGUGAAAUGGUCAAGAGAAGAUAGCAUUAUUGUAAGAAAUCAUUUUAGGGACUUUGUAUAUCAGACUGCCAUCUGCUUCACAAAUGAGAGACCACUGCAAAGCAAAGAGGCCAUUCUUCAAUUUCUCGCAACAACUAACUUACAGAGCAUCAGAGGUUUAACUGCACAUGAACAAUACACCAAAGUCAGAACAAAGCUAUUUAAUGACAGACUGUGAGAACAAAAACAGCAACAUCCAUGACAAAAAUGUCAGGAACAAAGUAAAAGCAAUAAACAGAUUUUAGAUCUACAGUUGAAGCUGAUACAUUACCCUAUUGUCUGUCCAUCUGUUGUCAUUUCUUGUCAUCACAUUUCCUUCUAAGUUAACGAGAAGAUUUGCAUGAGACUUUACCGGAAUGAUUUCCUAGUGAUUUAGUUGGUUCUAAUGAAUUUUAUGGAGUUCAACCCCUAAGGAGCCAUGACUUAAAAAGUCAUCACAUUUCCUCCUAGGUCAUUGAUUGGAAUUUGAUGAAACUGAACAAGAAUGAUCCCCUAGUUUCCAAGAUUUCUGAAUGUCACUUUCCUUUUUAUUCUUUGAGCAUAAGGGUUAAAGCUUGAAUUGAGACAUGGUCUAUGUCUUUGAGGUCAAAAGGUCAAGGUCACUGGCCUGAAUGAAUACUUAUAUUUCACAGUUUAUAGCUCUACUGAGCUUAUGUGAUACCCUGUCGUCUAUCCAUCUGUAAACUUAAGGUUCUUUGCAUGGAACAGAUUUUGAUAAAACUCAUAAAAUGAGCUGGUAGUGGUCUAGAUGGUACAAAUCCAAUUUUAUUGGGUUCUGACCCCUAGGGGUCGAAUAAGGGGCCACACCCUUAAAACUUGUAAUACCAUCUCCUGAGGUAAUGAAUGGAUUUUGAUCAAACCUACCUAGAAUGAUUCCCUAGUAGUUUAGUUGAUCUUAAAUUUUCAUAGGGGUCUGACCCUCAGGGGCCCAGUUAACUGCAACAUCCCAAAAAGUUUGUUAUUUGCCUCUCCUCCUAGGUUAUAAGUUGCAUUUUGAGGAAACUUACUAUGAAUGAUACCUGACUAGUGUGAUUGGUUCAAAUAAGCUCUCGUGGUGGUCCUACCCCUAAGGGCUUAGUAAGGGUGAACCCUAAAAAAUUGUUAUUGCAUCUCUUCCUACAUUAUUGGUUGAUAUUGAUAAAACUUACUCAGAAUAAUCCCCAAGUGGUCUAGUUGGUUUUAUAAAUUUUUAUGGGGGUCAGAACUCCAGUUCCCACUUAGGGGCCAAGCCCUAAAAAGUUUGGUAUCACAACUUCUCCUAGGUUUUUGGUUGUGUUUUGAUGAAACAUACCCAGAAUUUUCCCUUAUUGGUCUAAUUAGACCAUAUAAAUUUUCAUGGGGGUCCGUUCCCUAUGGGCCUAUUUAAGGGCCACCCCAAAAGUUCUCCUAAGGCAAUGGAUGGAUGUUGAUAAAACAUACAGCAUGAUCCUCUAAUGGUGUAGUUGGUCCUAAUGAAUUUUUAUCGGGGUCAGACCUCUAGGGAUCCCAUUAGGCACUUCAAGUUUGUUGUCCCAUCUCCUACUCCUAGGUAUUUGGUUCGAUUUUGAUGAAACUUAUGCAAAUUGAUCCCCUAGAAGAUUAUUUGUUCUUAUGAAUUUCAUAGGAAUUGACCCAGUUAAUGGCCAUCCCCCAAAAAGAUUAUUAUUGCAUCUCCUCCUAUGUCAUUGGCUGGAUUUUGAUAAAACUUUCGCAGAAUAAUCCCCUAGUGGUGUAGUUUGUCCUUAUGAAUUUUCAUGGGGCUCUUGACCCAGUCUGACAAAGUAAGAGGCAACCCCUUAAUAAGUCUGUCAUUGAAUCUUUUCUCAGGUUUUUGGUUGGAUUUUG